UGGUUAAUGUGAGACACAAACACAAUAGUCAACGUUAGCAAUGACGCACUAUCAGGCAUACUAUUAAUAAAUCCAACUAGACGUAACCAACUAUAAAACAGCUUUUUGUUUUAUAAAAGUGAGCAUUCACACAAGACCAUUACGGGGAUACACAUUUGCGCACUAAAUAAUAUUUAUGAGCAAUUAUAAAUAAACCUUCAUAAUAAACAUAAAGACCAGAUCUACAUCUUCUAGGCAAUAUUUUCUUUUUGCUCUAAGUUUGAGAACCAAAAGUUUCGAGUCACUUGAAAUACGCCCACGGCUGUUAGCUUGUGUAAAGAACACAGGGAAGUUAAAUCUAAUAUCCAGGAAUUCCAGCGUAACAUUGUUUGUCAAGUUUACAUUUCAACAUUCGACAGGUCGAGUUCUUAGAAUGAGUGGCUAUCCAUAUCCAUAUCCAGCCGGGUCUGUUCCUCCUCCAGAGAACAGAGGCAUCCCGCCAUACCCCUACCCUGCUCCACCCCCACCACCCAAUGUAACGUAUGUGGUGAACCCGGUGCCUGUACCCCCGCCACCACCCACUACUACGAUUGUCUAUGAGGCCGGGCGCCCAGUCUACAGACCCGGACCAGGCUUGGGAUUUGGUCUUGGAAUCGGCGCUGGAUUAGCCCUAGCUGGGUGGGAAAACCACCAUCAUCACCAUCCACAUCAUCACCACUUUGGACACCACCAUCAUUUUGGACAUCAUCAUCACCACCAUUAAAAACAAAGAAUAAACCAGAGGACUCCGAGGCAAAGGAAAAUAAAAUCCACCAUUAUCUAGCCUAAAACUCACUAAAACUACUUAUUGGGCUCGACAAAAUAAAAGUUUCAUUUCUCCGUUGCUUUCAAAUUAAAAACAAAUAUAUCUGUAUGGCCUAGCAGUCUCUUGGUGUUUAUGGCAAUUCAAAUGACUAUUUUUUUUUCAUGUUUGUAUUAGUUCAUUAAGCUUUUUAAGUAUGUGUGAAACAUUAUGGAUCAUUACAGUGUUGUCUGGAAGAACAAAUAGAAUGUCAAGAAACUGAGAGAAAUCCAAAUCCAAAUAGAAAUACAAAUACAAACACAUAAAACGCUUAAAGAAAAAGACUUUGAACUAAAAACUUAAAGACAGAAGUUGUAUUGACCAUUUCCCGAGAGAUUUAUGUGGCUGAGUAGUAAAACGCUUGGCUUCCGAACCGGGAGUCCCGGUUUCGAAUCUUGGUGUAGAAUAGGAUUUUUAUUUUUUCUCCUAAAAGGUGCCUCUCUGAGUCCACCCAGCACUAAUGCGUACCUGACAUUAUUGGGGGGGGGGGGAGUAAACGCGGUUGGUCGUUGUGCUAGCCACAUGACACUAUCAUUAACCUUGGGCCACUAAAACAGAUGUCGUUAACUUCAUCUGCCCUAUAGACCACAUGGUUUGAAAAGGGAACUUAAGAAUCAACGUUGCCACCAACACUGUAGCGAGCUCUCACAGCUAUUAUAGCACUACAAUUGAAAGACUCCACAGGAUGUUCUUGAGAAACAUCAAAAUUUCAUCUUUCUAAGGGGGAAAUGACUUUUCUGUGUUCUAUGCAGUUUCUAGCUUCUCUCUCUCCCCUGAAACUGUCGUAAUUUCGUGUUUAACCCUAGAAAUCAUUUAGAUUAUAAUAUUUUAAAUUAAACUUAAAAAAAAAAAAAUACGUAUGUAUCUAACAACUUGAACACUUUGUUUCAACUCUUGAUAUCUUUGUUUCAACUCGUCAUAUAUCUUCAUGGGGAGAUUACACAUUUAAAAAUGUUGUUUCUGAAUGUCGAACAAAUGUAUGUUACCUCAAGGCCAUAAGUGUUUCAAUAGUUCCUACUGUAGGCAUACUACUGUUCUCUAUUUCUGUACAGUUCUUUGUCGCUCGAGAGAAGUUACAAAUGUAUAAAUGCCUUCUUGUUUUCAUUUUGUAAAGAUUGUUUUGUUUUUACUAUAUCAAUGAUAUUAUUUCUUUAUAUGAAUAGAAUGAAGGCGUUGUUAAUUGUUGUAUGAGAUUCAAAUGUUUCUCAAAAAAAAAAUUAUUUGCUAUCAUGUUUGAACAUAUUUAUUAAGACAAAUAACUACGAACGUUUUAUGUUGCAUUGUUCAAUUUAAAGUUGUUGUUUUUUUUU